AUGGUAUCCGAUGAACAUGUGAUCGGUUCCCGCGAUGAGAUAGUGUGCGACAAAUCCCAAGACAUUGAUUGCCAGCAAUUGAUUGACAAAAAGUCCAAAAUUGACGACAAUUUGGUGGACACAAAGACUGACAUAUCAUCGGAACCGAUAGAACCGGUUGCUGACAAUCACAAGUCACUCAUGAGUAAUGGUGAAUACGUAUGCGAUCACCAGAACUGUUCCCAAAGGUUCAGUAAUAUUAAGGCAUUACUAUUACAUAAGGCCUCAAGAGUUCAUAAGUCAAGUGAUGGCCGCUUUGUAUGCGAUUACGAGGACUGCCGCAAGACUUUCUCGAAAUUCUCCAAAAAGGUUCACUUUGUAGAGCACCUGUACAUCCACUACGGGCUCAUCCCUUUCGGUGGGCGGUGUCGGUGCGAUCAGAAGGGCUGUUCGGCCACUUUCAGCACACCUAAAGAUCUACGUCAACAUGAGCUCCGUAAACACGAGUCGACAUACCGGUGCGAUCGCGAGGGUUGUGAUUUCAAAACGGGUAGAAAAUCUAUACUCAAUAAACACAAAUCGAUUCACUCGACGGAACGGCUGUUCAAGUGUUCGCUCAAUGAGUGCGACAAAUGGUUUAAAACUAGAAAGGAUAUGACUAGACAUCAGCAUAAUUUACAUCCCGACGCUUUUCCGGACAUCCCGUGGAUUCAUUGCUCGCAUACGGGCUGUGAGUUUAGGACUAAAUUUAAGCAGACUAUGAGUGCACACAUUGAACACCAUUUGAAGGAAUACCUGUGCCAUGAGUGCGGCAAAGGCUAUGCAAACAGUGGUCGACUCAAAGAGCACCAGAGAUCACACGAUGAGACAAUGCAAUACCAGUGCGAAUGGCCCGGUUGUGCCAAACGGUUCACCCAAAAGAGUUCAUUCAUUGGUCAUAUGGACGCACAUUCGGCUAAAGCAAUCUACCGGUGCUCGUGGCCGGGCUGUGAGAAAGCCUAUUUCAAUGUGAGAUCGCUUGAAUCUCAUAUUCAUACUCAUAAAGGUAUUAAGAACUACCGGUGCGAAUGGCCGGCGUGUGAUUACGCCACCACUCGUGCCAAGUAUCUCAACCUUCAUAUGAACAAACACGUGGCUAAGGAAUAA